AUGUCCUACAACUGCUGCUCUGGAAACUUCUCCUCCCGCUCCCUCCGGAACCACCUGCGCUACUCAGGCGCCUCCUGCGGCUCCUCCUUCCCCAGCAACCUGGUCUACAGCGCUGACGUCUACUCUCCCAGCUCCUGCCAGCUGGGCUCCUCUCUCUACAGCCAGGAGACCUGCUGUGAGCCCAUCAGGACCCAGACGGUGGUGUCCAGUCCCUGCCAGACGUCCUGCUCCCGCCCGAGGACCUCCACGUUCUUCAGUCCCUGCCAGACGACUCUCCCUGGCUCUCUGGGCUUCGGUUCCAGUAACUUUCAAUCUGUUGGUCAUGUCUUCCCAUCUCUGGGGUUUGGAACCGGUGGUUUCCAAUCAGUUAGCCCCAACAUUUUCUCAUCCCUAAGUUGUAGAUCCAGCUUUUACCGUCCGACCUUCUCUUCUAGGAGUGGCCGGUGUCUUUCUUUCCAACCGACCUGUGGAUCUGGCUUCUACUAG